GGAUGAGUGAGGGGUUCAAGUCGGAGAGAGGAAUUUACAGAAAAAUUAAAUAGGAUAGAAACUAUCAACUUAUGAAUUGAGUAUUGUAGUUUUUGAAGGGGAGAUUAAUGGCAGCUUUUGGAGGGACAACACAGAAGUGUAAGGCUUGUGAGAAGACUGUUUACUUGGUGGAUCAGCUCAGUGUUGACAGUAAAGUUUAUCACAAGGCCUGUUUCAGAUGUAACCAUUGCAAGGGCACCCUUAAGCUGAGCAAUUACAGCUCAUUUGAGGGAGUCUUAUACUGCAAACCUCACUUUGACCAGCUCUUCAAAUUGACUGGCAGUUUGGACAAGAGCUUUGAAGGGGCUCCGAAGAAUGGGAAGGAAAGAACAAGCGAAGUGACAAAGACAAGCAACAAAGUGUCAAGACUGUUUGGUGGAACUCAAGACAAAUGUGUUUCUUGCAACAAAACUGUCUACCCCCUUGAAAAGGUCGGAGUGGAUGGGGCGUCGUACCAUAGGAACUGCUUCAAGUGCAGCCAUGGAGGGUGUGUGAUCAGCCCAUCAAACUAUGUUGCACAUGAGCAGAGGCUCUACUGCAGGCACCACCACACCCAGCUCUUCAAGCAAAAGGGCAACUUCAGCCAACUCGACCUGCCCGAAAAACCCAAGCCCGAAACCGACCCAAAAACCGCAUGAAAUUUUUCAAGUCAUUUGGAUGUUUUUAUUUCUUUUAUUGGAGCUUUUUGAGAUAGUAGAUGAUCUUCUUGUUUUGUUUUGUUUUGCUGCUAAACUCUCAAAUUUGUGUGUUUUAUUAUAUAGAGGAAUGCUAAAUACAUAUACUGCAUAUUU